CCCACCAGCACCACACCUUUAUUCUUCUUCUCCUUCCUAAAUUCAUAUAUAUUUUCAUCCUCUUAUAGUCUCUCUUCCAUGUCCUCCAUUGCUCAGUUUGUAUCCUCUACCUCGCAUCAGUUCUUUACUUUUCAGUGUUAUCACUGCAUAACUACACAAAAUAUACCCUUUUGCAUUUCACUAUGUUAGAAGGCAAAGCCGUGAUCGGAGAGACAGAUAUGCUUCAGACGAUGCAGCAAGAUGCACUUGAUUUGGCAGCCAAAGCACUAGACUGCUUCGAUGUCACAGAGGCUACUGAGAUAGCCCGUUUCAUCAAAAAGGAAUUUGAUAGAGCAUAUGGAGGUGGUUGGCAAUGCAUUGUAGGGACAGACUUUGGUUCAUUUGUAACUCACUGCUAUGGCUGUUUUAUCCAUUUCUGCAUCUGCAGCCUCGCAAUCUUGCUCUUCAGGGGCUCCACAGGCCCAGAGGUUGAUGCAGAUGAUCAAUUUGGAGCCUUUGAGACAGUGAAAGCAUGAAACAAAUUAAUUCUUGUUCUUCUCUUUAAUUUCCUGUUGCACUCGUGUAGAGUAGUCAAACUUUUCUUUUAGUUUGAACUGAGUUGCAAAUUACUUGCUAAAUGAAAAGUGUCGAUAACUGUUUUCAACUUUAUAUAUUAAUUAGCGGCGAUUCGUU